AUGUCCACGCCAACCUUCAGCAUCGUACGCCCGCCGCCGCCUUCCACGGCCUCGGCCCCGCUCUCGCACAUCCCGAUAACGAUCCCGGGCUCGACGAUCCCAACGGAAGAUCUCUCUGUGCGCGCGCGCGGCACGCUGCUGAGCACCACGGGCUCGACGCGCGUGCUGACAGCCACGGUAGCGGGCGUGAUCACGCGCGUCAACAAGCUGGUCAUGGUGCGCCCGCUGCGCGCAAAGUACAUCCCGGAGACGGGCGACGUCGUGAUCGGCCGCGUCACCGACUUGGCCGGCCGGCGCUGGCGCCUGGACGUCAACGCGGCCAGGCACGCCAUCCUGCUGCUGUCCGCCGUCAACUUGCCCGGCGGCAUACAGAGAAGACGCACGUACCAGGACGAGCUGAAUAUGCGCGCAUUCUUUACGGAGGGUGACUUGGUGUCGGCGGAAGUGCAGGAGCAGUGGGACGACGGGUGUGUCGCGCUGCACACCCGCUCGCUGCGGUACGGAAAACUCUCGGGAGGCACGUUUGUGCCCGUGCAGCCGGAGUUGGUCAAGAGAGCGAAGAAGCACUUCCAUCGCCUCGACUGCGGCGUGCAUGCCAUUUUGGGGAAUAAUGGCUACAUUUUCUUGGCAGAGAGGGCCGAGAAGGAAGGGGGGGCUACGACUCCGGAGAUGAGGAAGAUGGUCGCGAGGGUCCGCAACGCCGUCUUAGCACUGGAUACCGAGUUUAUCGCCAUUGGCCCGGAUACUAUUAUGAGCGUUUAUGAUGCAUCGAUUGAGGAGGGCGUCGAGUUGAGGGAUAUGACCAGGCCGGAUAUCACCGCCAAGAUUUGUGAGGGAGCGCGCUCGAUGCGCGCCGCAGCGUAGUCGGGGGGAGGUGUGUGCACAGCUAACACCAUACAGUGGUGUCAACAAACAUGGGAGGGAGGUCGGGUGCGGAAGGACGCUUUCCGUGAGAGCUAGAGUUACUGGGCCGAUCACCGCUAAUACUUUGAUCGCAAAGUUGGUUGCACUGUAGGCGCGGUCAACGAGAUGUGAUGUGUGGUAUCACCGCUGGAUACCCGAUAGUUUUUUUCGUGCAGUGCACGAAAGAACUUACCGCACUGGCGCAAGCUUCUUCUCUGGGGACAGAGAAGAGGCUUGCACUAGUGAGGAAGUUCUCCAAGAGACUUGGCCUCAUCGAUGAAGAGAAGAAAAGAAGAUCCGCGGCACCGUCAUCAAAGUCGAAGGCAGACUUCGAUGCGGACCUAAAGAGUCUUAACGAGGUGCCUGUUCAGGACGGGGACAUUCAGGGCUUGGAUGAUUUUGAAGACUCUGUUGUGUCUUCUCCUUCUUCCUUGUUUGGCAAAAGGCAUAAAUCCUUGAUGAGAAAUUUGAAAAAGAAGGUGACUCCCUCGUCGCCUAUGACUCCGUUGCCGAAGUAAGGCCCGAUUCAUUAUCGACUAAAGCACAACACGAGAGGAAUGGAACGCACAGUCCAGGACAUAGUCUGCAAAGAGAUAUUUCGUUGGUUGUCUAUUUUCCCAUCGACUGAGAAACUGGUGGGCAGGGCACACGCCAGAUUUGCCUACUUCGGGAGUAAAGAGUAAUUACUGUAGU